AUGGUUUGCCAGUCACUUGACCCAGAAAACCCUACAAAAUCAUGCAAAUCAAGAGGUUCAAAUCUUCGUGCUCACUUUAAGAACUCACAUGAAACUGCCCAGGCCAUCAAGGGCAUGCAUAUCCGAGAAGCCACCAGGUAUCUGAAAGCUGUCACUUUGCAGAAGCCACGUGUGCCAUUCCAUUGCUACAGUGGUGGACCUGGCAGGUGUGUCCGGGCCAAACACUGCGACUGGGCACAGGCUUGGGGGCUCAAAAGCAGUGCUGGAUUUUUACCACGUAUGCUUAAAAAUGCAGAGCAUAAUGCUGAACUUAAGGGUUUAGAGGCAGAUUCUCUGGUCACUAAGCACAUCCAAGUGCACAAAGCCCCCAAGAUGCAGCGUAGAAUUUAUGGGGCUCCUGGUCAGAUGAACCCAUUCAUGAGCUCUCCCUGCCAUGCUGAGAUGAUGAUCCUUACUGAAAAAGAGAAGAUUUUUCCCAAACCAGAAGAGGAGCUCACUCAGAAGAAACUAAAGAAACAAAAACUUGUGGUCUGA